CAAUGAGUUUGACACUGGGAGAAGAAACACCGAAUCGCUGAAAAAGUUGGGAAUUUAUUCGAAAUCGUUAUUUUUUGCAAAUAAAAAUGAGCAGAACGAAGACAGUUCAUCAGUGUGUAUUCUGUCCACAAACAUUCGGCAGUGCCGUCGAAAAAGAUGACCACAUUCUGGAGCAUUUUGCUCAAGAAACGUGUGCAGAUUGCGACCAAAGCCUGCUUCGAAUCGGCAGCAAUUUAUACACACAACACAACGCAGUGACAUGCAUUAAGAGAGAAUCGAAAUCGAAUGUGAGUAUUUUGAAUCAAAGCCAUAGGGGAUCUAUCAAUCAAAACAAUGAUGAAAAGGAUUAUAAUGCAACUUUCGCGUCAACGAAUACGGAUUAUGAACAGCAACUAAACAUCAAACUCGAGCCCGAAACAGAACAGAAUGAACAGCUUAUGAGUGUUGAUCCGAUGAAUUUUGCGGAAGUCAGUUAUAAUGAAUACUACCAAGGAUCCAACAACCAGAAUAGUAAUGAGAAUACUUCUGCUACUGAUGUUACACCAUCAAAUACAGUAUCUGUUGGGGAAAUCGAAAUCAAAAUGGAGCCAGAAGCACAAGUUCAACAAUUUAUAUCUGUUUACAUUAAAAAUACCACAGAACGAAAUGAUGUGGACUUUGGCUCAAGUCAAGUGUUUCAAAGUCAAUCUAGUUCAACUCCAUUAGAGAAAUCUGACGUAGACAGCAAAGGCAACUACAAACACGAGUGCAACAUCUGCGGGAAAGUUUUUCAACUGAAAGAUUCUUUACGAAGACAUCAUCGAAUGAAACAUGACGACCCAAAUUGCCUGAAAUUUAAAUGCGACCAUUGUCCUACGGUAUUGCUGUCAAAAAAAUCAUUGGAUAACCAUCUCCCGAGGUGUGCACGAAUGAAGGAAGAAAGGUUAUCCAAACCACCAAAAAAGAAAACAGAAACACAUGAUCGAGCUCCAUGCGACAUUUGCGGCGAACUAUUUUAUACGUUUUGGUUGAAUAGACAUAAGAAACUGAAACAUACUCCGAAAGAAAAGGAAAGCGAAGCGAGCUAUUUCGAUAAUUAUCAAUGUGACAUAUGUCAAAGAGUUAUCCCCACAAAAAAAGCUCUAAGAACACAUAUGAGAAUGAAACACUAUCCAAGCAUCCUCAAAUGUGAUGAUUGUGGUAGAAGGUUUGUGUUGAAGAAAUCGUUAGACAGUCAUCUCAAUCGAUGUAAUCGCAAACAGAAGUCGUUGGGAGAGGUUUUAGGCAAUAAAUCAAUUUCCUCCAAAAAACGCCAUAUUUGUGAUAUUUGCGGUGAAGUAUUCAGUAGUAGAACUGCAGCUGGAAAACAUACAUUUAAUGUUCAUAAAACAGAAGAAGGACACCAAUGUACCUAUUGCAAACGAGUUUUCAUUACUCCCCAAGGACUCAUAAACCAUGGUCUAAAUUGUGAAAAAUCAUCGAAUCGAACGUACGAGUGUUACGUGUGUCAUAAAAAGUUUGAAACAAAAAAAUGGAUGUAUACUCAUCUUCAAUCAAUUCACGUGGAUAUAGGAUAUAUGAAGAUCAAAUGUGAAUUAUGCGAUAGAUAUUUUUCAUGCAAAUCGUCAUACCAAAGCCAUAACAAUCGAAUCCACUUGAAUAUUCGUAACUUUGUGUGCAGCACAUGUGGACGAGCAUUUAUAGCCAAGAAUGGUUUAGUGCAACAUGAACGAACUCAUACCGGAGAAAGGCCAUUCCAAUGCACUCACGAUGGGUGUGAUAAAACUUUCAGAACUUCUUCGGGCAAAUUUGCACAUAUGAGAAUGCAUCGAGGACAAAAAAGAUUUCAGUGUAGAAUAGAUGGAUGCGAAGAGCAAUUCGGUGGAGUGAAUGGGUAUAGAAAGCAUAAACUCAACGUACAUGGCAUUCCAAUCGCUAAAUAGUUAUCUAGGUUACUACUAAGAUCUAAUUGCAAAAAUUGAAAUCUAAAUUAAAACCUAAUUUCGUUACAUUUAUUUGUUAAAUGAGCUAUUUUUGAGGCAAAUAAAUAUGAUUACAACAAUGGAAA